AUGCUUUUGCCACUUUCAACACUUCGUCUUUUGAGAAAUGAUCCAUUUUUGGAUGAUUGCGAAUUUCUCAAACCAUACUGGGUGAAUCAAACUGGAAAUCAAUUGGGUGAUGUUAUUAGAGAAAAUACUUCGGAUAAUCAAAUAUCAGUCAAUGUUGCUCAGUUCAAACCAGAUGAAAUCAAAUUGAAUAUUGAUGGAAAUCAAUUGAUUAUCGAAGGAAAACAUGAAGAAAAAUCAGACGAGCACGGCCUUAUUCAACGACAUUUUAUUCGAAAAUAUACACUUCCACAAGGAAUUCAAGCUGAAAAUGUCAAAAGUGAAUUGAAUUCGGAUGGAGUUUUAUCAAUCAAAUAUGAACAAUUGCCAAAGACAACACAAAUUCCUAUUACUUUUGUUACUUCCAAAUGA